GGGACAGGCUGGGGGAGGGGCUUCGGGGGGCGGUCCCCCCAGGGGUGGGGUCCUGCUGCCCCGCCCUUUUCUGCGUUCAGAUUCCAUCUCCACCCCCCCACCCCCACCCCCGCGUCUGUUCUCCCCCAGCGCCCGGCUCUGCUCCAGUUCCCCCCGCCCAGCUUUCCACUCGCCGCCCCUCUCUCGUGGAGAGGUCCACAGUCAUCCGGGGUUUUGUAGCAGCAGUACUGGUGGCAGCAGCGGCGGCAGCGGCAGCGGCGGCAGCAGCCCUAGGCUUCUACGGGAGUCACUGGAGGCCACGCCCCUUUCUUACAUCUCGCCCAAUGAUGAACGGGCCGGUGUAAGAGGGAGCCCUGGGCGGUGACUCCCGAUUCGAUUGAUUGACAGAUCUACCAAUCGAAUGAUGAAGUGAGCCUCGAGCCUUACCAAUCCAGAGACAGGGGCGGGACGGUGCAGGCGCAGAGUGCGGGGGUUUGGUAGAAGAUGAUUUAAAGAGACAGAAGCCACCGGGGCCUUAGCGGACGGUCCCAGAGACCUUUCGCACCCUUGAGUCAUCGGGACCCCGGACUCCAGAGCCGGGAAGAUGGUUUGUGGCGGCUUUGCCUGCUCCAAGAAUGCCCUGUGUGCGCUCAACGUGGUCUACAUGCUGGUGGGGCUGCUGCUGAUCGGCGUGGCUGCCUGGGGCAAGGGUCUGGGGCUAGUGUCCAGCAUCCACAUCAUCGGGGGAGUCAUAGCGGUGGGUGUCUUCCUCCUCCUCAUUGCCGUGGUUGGUCUCAUCGGUGCUGUCUACCACCACCAAGUCCUGCUUUUCUUUUAUAUGAUCAUACUUGGUUUGGUUUUCAUCUUCCAAUUUGGAAUCUCGUGUUCCUGUCUGGCAAUUAACAGAAACACACAGAAAGAUGUCAUCAGCACCUAUUGGUUGGUCAUGACUAACAAGACCCGGAAUGAACUAGAGACAAGUUUGGAUUGCUGUGGCCUCUUCAACUCCACCUUAUACUUCCAGGACUAUGCCUUUUGCACUGCACUCUGUAAGACCCAGGCCCCAAAGUGCCAGGUUUGUGGAGACAAAUUCCUUAAACAUUCAGAUGAAGCACUGAAAAUCCUGGGGGGUGUUGGACUGUUUUUCAGCUUUACAGAGAUCCUAGGUGUGUGGCUAGCAAUGAGAUUCCGGAAUCAGAAGGACCCUCGAGCAAACCCCAGUGCCUUCCUAUAAAGAUCUGUGAUGCUCCUGAACCUCAUUUUCCCCACUCUCCCUCAUGGUGGGGACUCCAGAGCCUUUUCCAUGUAAGGAACCAGAAAGAGGCACUUCUUUGCUACGACCCCUAAGCUGAUUGGACAGUUGGGCUUCUGUCCUUGACAUGAUGUUUUGGGGCUAGGCAGAGUUGGGAAGAUUCUGAGCACAUCCCCAUGCCCCCAGAAAGGGGGAUGCUAUUUAUCAAGUGCAUGUGAUUGAAUGGGGCAAGAAGCCCCUGCAAACUUCAGCCCUGCCAGUCUUCUCCUAGACUGGCUUGAUCUGUCUUACCCUGCCCAGGAUUUCAUGUCUCCAAGGUUAAUCACAGCCAAUCACCUGGAAUGGAAACAGUCUCCUUGGGGGUGGGGUGGUUGAGGGUCCUCCAAAGGUGACAACUUUCUCAUGUCACUGAAAGCAUAGGCUUUGUAUUUUUGGAUAGUGUAGUGAAUGUAAAAAAUAAAACCUUUUUAACCCUGUA